UACAUGAGCAUGAACGGCCUUUUUUGAAAAAAAUUUUUAAAGAAGCAAAAAAGAUAGAAGAUGCCGCUCCUGAACCGACUAAUAAAAGUGCCAUCGAAUCAUCCGAAAAGAGUACUCCUAGCCGAGAGCUUUCUGGCGCGAUUCUUCUGACGUCCACGUUAGAAGUACUUAAAGGAAUCAAGGAUCCAGACGAUGUAAUUUCUCUGCUGCAAAUCCAGCGAGAUUUAGAAAAGAAUUCUUGUGAAGCGCAGUGGUAUCGACAUCGCAAGCAGGCCUCGUGGGAUAACACGCGCCAAACACCCUCAAAGCCUCUAGGAAGUUUAAUUCUGAGACCAGCGGCUAUAGAUCUUGCUCGCAAUAUAGAAAUAGCCAGAAGCAAGCUCACGCAGAAAAAUUCGUUGAAAUCCUUUCUUUAUCCUGUAGAUCCGUUUAUUAUGGCCUACAUCACGCUCUCCUCUGCUCUCAGUCUUUGCUCCUCCGGCUCUUUUUUAUUCUUAGCAGUGGCCAGUGACAUAGGCGUUAAGCUUCACGAUGAGUACUGCUUUCAAGUUUUUGAUGAUCUGAAUCUAAAUGAUAAGCAAAACGAGAUAUAUCUCCAGUUUCAAAAUCUUAAGAAACAUAAAGGCAGCAGGCAUUUUCAAAAUUUAUGGAAUCGUGUUCUUGACGAUAAUCAGGACUACUUGAGAUCUCUGGAUAUUGUUUUUUGGUCUGAAGAUACCAUCAUGAAAGUAGGCGAGUUUUUAUUGAAAAUACUUGUGGAUACUUUUGAAUUCGACACUACCAAUCCGUUAAGUAUAAGAAAACUUAGUAAUUCUGGCAUUCGUAAAAAGGCUUUUAAAAUUAUGACUACUUAUGCUGAUUCCUCAGUGAAAAAGCAGAGACAGCUCUGUUUGGAUGCUGAAUUUAUUACAGCGAUGCUUAAUCAUGAGUUAUACUUAAGCGAGGCGUUAAGCAGGCAACUACCAAUGAUUGUUCCUCCCAUUCCGUACACGGACUUCUCUAGCGGCGGGUAUCUUCUUCAUUUCAAUCGUUGCAUUGUCCGUCAGCCGCCCUCCCGUUCUUAUAAUAUUAAGUUUGCUUUAAAAGAUACUGAUCCCGAAUCCUUGAAACCAGUCUUAGAUGCUUUGAAUACUCUUUCCAAUACUAAAUGGAUGGUAAACACAAGAAUCCUGGACGUCAUGUUGGACGUGUGGGACAGAAAUGGCGACGAGAAACUCAGGAUUAUUCGCAGUCAUGAUUUUACACCAGUUGAAAAAAGAAACCGAUUUGUACGGUGGAAAUUUCAAAGGUCAAUAGCCAAUCGCUUUUCGAUUAGUUGUGACGUGCAAUACCGAUUAUUGGUGGCCUAUUCGUACCGAAAUAUUGGCUUGUAUCUUCCGCAUAACAUUGAUUUUCGAGGACGAGCUUAUCCCAUUCCUCUACAUUUGAAUCACAUGGGGGAUGACGUGUGUCGCGGCCUGCUGGUAUUCUAUGAGAAAAAGCCACUCGGGAAAGCCGGAUUGAGGUGGCUGAAGAUCCAUCUGGCAAACGUUUACGGCCAUAGCAAAGCAAAAUUUACUUUGGUCGAGCGCGAAAAAUUCACGGAGGCGCACUUGCCUCAAAUCCUUGCCUCUGCAGAAAACCCGAUGGGUACUUCGUGGUGGAAAGAAGCGGAAUCUCCGUGGCAAACAUUGGCAACUUGUUUUGAGCUCGCAGAGGCGCUGAAGAGUGAUAAUCCUGAGGAAUUUAUGACCGGUUUACCCGUCCACCAGGACGGCUCCUGCAACGGCCUGCAGCACUAUGCUGCCUUGAGCGGCGACGAGUUGGGCGCUUUGUACGUUAAUUUGACUCCCAGCGAAAAUCCGAAGGAUAUCUAUGAAACCAUAGCUGAAAGAGUUAAGGAGGCCAUUGACAUCGACGUUAACGAUCCGGCCUCGCCCAACCACGCCAUAGCGCAACUUACGCGGCCUUAUAUUUCUAGAAAGAUCGUUAAGCAUCCCGUCAUGACUAGCGUGUACGGCGCGAGGCUUGCUGGUACUUCAUCGCAGAUUGAGCAACGUUUGAAGGAGAUUUCCAAAUUUCCUACUGAGCGUUAUUAUGAGAGCUCUCGCUAUAUUGCUCGCAAGGUAGAGGCGUCUCUCGGCGAAAUCUUUGAGGCCGCUAACUCCAUCAAGUCUUGGUUGGGCACUUCUGCUGGUAUUAUUUCACAAUUGGAUAAACCUGUAAGGUGGGUGUCUCCUAUUGGCCUUCCUGUUCUUCAGCCCUACUAUAAGUUUGUUGAGAAGAGGCUUGUUGACGGACAAGUACUCCGAAUUUCAUUCGUUACAACUGCUGCGAAAAAAUCUUUCAAAAAGACGGCAUGCAGUCUGGAUGUUCGCAAGCAGAAAGCUAGUUUUCCUCCAAACUUUAUUCAUUCGUUGGAUUCUUCGCACAUGUUUCGAACUGCGCUUGCCUGCAACGAUAAAAAUAUCACUUUUGCUGCAGUGCACGAUAGUUUUUGGACACAUCCUUGUGAUGUUCCCCUUAUGAAUAAAAUUAUACGAGAAGAAUUUGUGAAUAUGCACAAGCAAGAUAUUAUGACUAAUUUAAAAGCUUAUUUUGAAAAUCUGUAUAAGAAACCUUUUCCCCCUUUACCAAAGCGCGGCUCUUUUGAUAUCAAUCUUGUCCAACAGUCAACUUAUUUUUUCAGCUAA